AGGGGCUAUACACUGAAAGCCAUACAAAAGAGGGAAACACAGUGGCUUAGCACCAGCUAGCUCUCUCUUAUAUAAGAGGCUGGACACCAGUGAUGUCACUGCUGUAAUCUCAUGCAGGAUUGGUGGAUAAUUGGCUGAAUCAUCAGAGGCAGCGAGUGGUGCGUUUGUAAGUCGGUUCCUGGCAUGUUGAGAGGGUAGAUUGCUUAGCCGCGUGUGUGCCUGUCCCGGCAGCAGAGGCACGCUGGUGCUACGGAGCUCAGCUCGGCUCAGCCUCCUCUCUUCGGCUCAGCCUCCUCUCUUCGGCUCAGCAGCACUCUUAACUACAAGAGGAAAGGGAAAGGUCAUGCAUUCUGCUGGAGGCUUGGAUCCCAACAAUCGCUUUUAUUCUUUAAAGAGAAAUGAUGAAGAGGCUGUGGUGGACAGAGGUGGAACCCGGUCCAUGCUGAAAACCAACUUUGAAAAGGAGGAACUCGAAGGUCACAGGACACUCUACAUCGGGGUACAUGUCCCCCUGGGAAGGAAGAGCCAUCGGAGGCAUCGGCAUCAUGGACAUAGACACAGGAAGAGGAGCAGGGAGCGGGACUCUGGAGUGGAGGACGGAAGAGAGUCUCCCACAUACAACACGCCAUCCCAGAGAGUGCAGUUCCUCCUGGGCACAGAGGAUGACGACGAGGAGCACAUCCCCCAUGACCUCUUCACUGAGCUGGACGAGAUCUGCCUGAAAGACGGAGAGGAAGCAGAGUGGAGGGAAACCGCCAGGUGGCUGAAGUUUGAGGAGGAUGUGGAGGAUGGAGGGGAGCGCUGGAGUAAGCCCUACGUGGCCACGCUGUCCCUGCACAGCCUGUUCGAGCUGCGCAGCUGCAUCCUCAAUGGCGUCGUGCUGCUCGACAUGAGGGCCAACUCCGUGGAGGAGGUAGCAGACAUGGUGUUGGACCAGCAGGAGACCACAGGUCCACUGGGGGACGAGGUGAGGAGGAAGGUGAGAGAGGCCCUCCUCAAAACGCACCAUCACCAGAACCAGAAGAAGUUGGCCAAUCGCAUCCCCAUUGUCCGCUCCUUCGCUGACAUUGGCAAGAAGCAGUCCGAGCCCCACUCCAUGGACAAGAAUGGUCAGGCGAUUUCUCCCCAGACCUCUCUGCCCGUCCCCAAUGAUGGCAAAGCUGAAGUGAGCAGAGAGAACAGCGCUGUGGACUUCAGUAAGAUAGACCUCCAUUUCAUGAAGAAGAUUCCGCCGGGAGCGGAAGCGUCCAACGUGUUGGUGGGUGAGGCGGAGUUCCUUGACAAACCUGUGGUGGCGUUUGUACGUCUCUCACCUGCGGUCAUGCUCAAUGGGCUGGCUGAGGUCCCCAUUGUUACAAGGUUCUUGUUCAUUCUGCUGGGGCCUGUUGGGAAAGGGCCACAGUACCAUGAGAUUGGCCGAUCCAUUGCAACUCUCAUGACAGACGAGGUUUUCCAUGAUGUCGCCUACAAAGCGAAGGACCGAAAUGAUCUGAUUGCUGGAAUCGAUGAGUUCCUUGACCAAGUGACUGUCCUGCCACCGGGGGAGUGGGAUCCCUCUAUAAGAAUAGAGCCGCCAAAAAACGUACCGUCUCAAGAGAAGAGGAGGAGUGCAGCACAGUGCGGCACAGACCCAGGGGAUGAAGAGGAGGAGGACGAGGGACAUGGGGGUCCGGAGCUGCAGCGGACAGGACGAUUCUGUGGUGGUCUCCUGUUGGACAUCAAACGCAAGGCGCCGCACUACCUGUCUGACUACACAGACGCUGUCAGCCUGCAGUGCUUGGCCUCCUUCCUCUUCCUGUACUGUGCAUGCAUGUCGCCUGUCAUCACGUUCGGGGGCCUACUAGGAGAGGCAACAGAAGGACGUAUAAGUGCAAUCGAAUCGCUUUUUGGCGCCUCAAUGACGGGAAUAGCCUAUUCCCUGUUUGCUGGCCAGCCACUCACCAUUUUGGGCAGCACAGGGCCUGUACUGGUGUUUGAGAAGAUAUUGUACAAAUUCUGCAAGGAGUAUGGAUUAUCCUACCUCUCUUUGAGAACCUGUAUAGGGCUGUGGACAGCGUUCCUCUGCCUGGUCCUAGUGGCCACAGACGCUAGCUCCCUGGUCUGUUACAUCACACGCUUCACAGAGGAGGCCUUCGCCUCGCUCAUCUGCAUCAUCUUCAUCUACGAGGCCUUGGAGAAGCUCAUCCACCUGGGGGAACACUACCCCAUCAACAUGAACAACAACCUGGACAAACUCACACAGUACUCGUGUUCAUGUAUUGAACCUCCGGAUCCAAGCAAUGCCACCAUACAGUACUGGGAGCAGAACAACAUCACUGCUUCUGAGGUCUACUGGGAGGCACUCGAGGUUAAGGACUGCAUGGAGAAAAGAGGAGAGUUUGUGGGCAGUGCCUGUGGCCCUCACGGACCCUAUAUUCCAGAUGUUCUCUUCUGGUCCGUGGUUCUCUUCUUCUCCACUGUCUUCAUGUCAGCUUUCCUAAAGGAGUUUAAGUUCAGCCGUUACUUCCCCACCAAGUUGAGAGCUGUCAUCAGUGACUUUGCUGUGUUCAUCACCAUCUUUACCAUGGUACUGGUGGACUAUGCCUUAGGGGUCCCAUCUCCAAAACUAAAAGUCCCCAGUGUGUUUAAGCCGACUAGAGAUGACCGUGGUUGGUUGAUCAGCCCGUUAGGCGGCAACCCUUGGUGGACCACCAUCGUAACAGUGAUCCCUGCUCUGCUAUGCACUAUCCUCAUCUUCAUGGACCAACAGAUCACCGCUGUCAUCAUCAACAGGAAGGAGCACAAACUGAAGAAAGGCUGUGGGUACCAUUUGGACUUGUUUGUGGUGGGUGUCAUGCUGGGGGUAUGUUCCAUCAUGGGUUUGCCCUGGUUCGUGGCUGCCACCGUUCUCUCCAUCUCCCACGUCAACAGUCUGAAGCUGGAGUCGGAGUGCUCGGCCCCCGGGGAACAACCCAAGUUCCUGGGCAUCCGCGAGCAGCGCUUCACUGGCCUCAUGAUCUUCCUACUCAUGGGCUGCUCGGUGUUCAUGACAUCUGUGCUCAAGUACAUUCCCAUGCCUGUGUUGUAUGGAGUAUUCCUGUACAUGGGAGCAUCUUCGCUCAGAGGAAUACAGUUAUUUGACCGUCUGAAGUUGUUUGGCAUGCCAGCCAAGCACCAACCUGACUUCAUCUACCUGAGACACGUUCCCCUGCGGAAGGUCCAUCUCUUCACCAUCAUCCAACUCAGCUGCCUGGUCAUGCUCUGGGUCAUCAAGACCUCCAAUUAUGCCAUCGUCUUCCCCAUGAUGGUGUUGGCUCUGGUGUUCAUUAGGAAACUGAUGGAUUGCUUCUUCACCAAGAGAGAGAUGAGCUGGCUGGAUGAUCUAAUGCCAGAGAGUAAGAAGAAGAAACUGGAGGAUGCUGAAGAAGAGGAGGAGGAGCAAAGUAUUUUGGGAGAGGAAGAUGGAGUAGUGCAAGUGCCGUUAGAAGGAUAUCAAAAGAAUGAGUCAGCACUCAACAUCACUGAUGAAAUGUCCAAAGGCUCUUUUGGAAACACGUGGAAUGUCAACUCUGACAACUCUAAAAAAGAGCUAGACUCAAAAAGUUCCCUUAUAUCCUCAUAGAUGCUGAAUCCCCCAAAGCUUAUCCAAGAACAGUGGAAGGAAACAAAAGAGGAGGAGAAAGAUGCAGAAGGGCUGCUUCGACAGGGAGUCAAGUUUAUGACGUUUCCCCCUUCACUGUGUUUUAAACAAAUCAAUAUAUUGUGUGCCACAGUUUACCAUUCCUUUAUGUUUUAUCUUGUAAAUCUUUGUGUGUUCAAAAGCUGAAAACAGUAUUUUUUAGUUGACGUGUCCAAAACUGCUUCUUUGUGAGGCAACAUAAAGAAAUGUAUUUAUUGUAUGUAUUUUGUAUGUUUUUGUAUUUUUUCCAGUAUCAUAAUAUUACAGUUGUUUGAAAUUGCUAAAUUAUCCAACUAGAUAAACAAUCAAUUUAAAAGUUUGUGCAAUACUGCAGUUAAAGACUAUGAAAGCAAGUGUGUGUAUAUAUAUAUAUAUAUAUUCAGUAUCUCACAAAAGUGAGUACACCCCUCACAUUUUUGUAAAUAUUUGAUUAUAUCUUUU